AUGAGGUUAACGGCCGAGCUCAUCCAGGGCUCUCUGUCGUACAUAAACCCGCUGACCGAACGCGAGCUAGAUCUCAGAGGCCACAAGAUACCCGCGAUCGAGAACCUCGGCGUAGCAAGAGAACAAGACUGCAUAGACUUCACCGACAACGACAUUGCUGCCCUCAGCAAUUUCCCGCUCUCGCCACGUCUGCACACCCUGCUGCUCGCCCGCAAUCGCAUCGCGCAUAUCCAGCCCACCCUCGCCCGCUCGCUACCGAACCUGUCCACGCUCGUCCUGACACACAACCAGAUCUCCGAACUGUCUGACCUGGAGCCGUUGAGCGGGCUUGCGAAGUUGACACACGUGGUGCUGAUGGAGAACCCGGUGGCGCAGAAGGAGAAUUACCGGCUAUAUGUCCUCUAUCUCAAUCCGCAUAUCCGCUUCCUCGACUACCGCAAGGUGCGCGACGCAGAACGCGCACAGUCGCGCGCGCUGUUUGGAACCACUGACGCACCGACCGAGCUCGCACAGAAGAUUUCCGGUAUCAAGUCCAAAACAUUUGAUGUACCGUCUGGUCUUGGUGUUGCGAAUGGUGUUGGGGGUGAGAAGGCCAUUGCGCUGCGGCUAAGCGACAAGGAGAAGAAGAAGGUAGAGGAGCUUAUUCGCAAUGCAAAGAGUCUGAGUGAGAUCAGUAGACUAGAGAAGGCGCUGAAUGAAGGCCGGUUACCACCUGGGAUAGUGGUCGAUUGAGUACCGAUGCGAUGGGGAUUCGGUAUGUCGUUGCAUGUUCAAGCAUAUUACUUUAUGCGGACAGAGUUCAUGCCGGCGUUGGAAGAAAGGACCGCCAGCACCUGCAAAAAGGCCCACGAACUGAAAAAACUUGGACACUGGGUUGCAGAAAAAGGCAAAAAGGUGCAGCUUAAUCUCAAUACCAUAUUUCGCACUUCCAAGUGUGCUGAUAAUGCUAAAUCCAGAAGGACCCGCCCAACUGUCCAUCAUGAAAAGUAAAAGCUAGAUCUACAGUCCAUUUUGUUUUCAUCGCGUUUCAUUUCAUUACUUUUAACCGAGCAAGUC